UUGACUCCCCCACUGCUCUGGCGGAACACGAAGCCCGCUGCGUCCUAUCUCGAAGCCAUGAACGGCGGCUUGUGCCUGUGUGUGCUGAUGGCGGUCCUGGCGGCAGGCACCCUGGCGCAGCUGGUGCCUCCCGCGGACUCCGCGGGCCCCGGGGCACAGGAGGAGGAGGCGCACCGGAGGCAGCUGAGGGCGGUGCAAAAGGUAGACGGCGAGUCCCGAGCGCACCUGGGCGCGCUGCUGGCCAGAUACAUCCAGCAGGCUCGAAAAGCCCCCUUUCCUUCCUCUCUGCCCCAUGUAGCACCUUCUGGCCGAAUAUCUAUGAUUAAGAAUCUGCAGAGCCUGGACCCCAGCCACAGAAUAAGUGACCGGGACUACAUGGGCUGGAUGGAUUUUGGCCGGCGCAGUGCAGAGGAGUAUGAAUAUACCUCCUAGAAGACCCCGCCUUGGUCAGCGCCACUGGAAGCCACCUCCUGACUCAGAGGAGGCAGAAGAAAACAAUCACACUCAUAACUCUGGUCUCUGACGUCUGACAUUUAAAGUAUCUAUUUAAGUUUUCAAUGUGAAAAAUCUGUCUGUAACAUUGUCCAGUGCAACCACGCACCUCAACAAAAAUGUACAAAUGGAAGAUAAAAUAUUUCCCUCAUCUGUGACCCCUGGUGUGAAAGUGUCACUAUGCUAUUAAAGUGAUUUUGUUCUG